AUGGCUUCGCACUCCAGCAUGCUGGUCUCUCGUCAUAUCCAGAAUAUAAGCGAGGCUAAGUACCUCCAGCCUCACUGGGGAUAUCCGAAUCGAGCACUUCCGUGCACCAACGAUCCAGGCUCGUGCGAAUACUUGGACGUCGUAUAUCACAGCCACGACCUGGGUAUGUUGUAUUGCGGGAUCAUCUGGGCAACGAUCGGAGGCAUUCUCCUCGUCUGGGCUAUUGGCAGGCAUCUCUUUCCACCCCUCGAUACGGAGCAGAGCCGGCUUCUGACCAUGGAGAGCCAGAGAACCGACAACAAGCACUACAUCCACCGCCUGAAGGAUUCUGUUGCAGCCCUCUGCCGUCAUUACUUGCUUUCUGAAUCCCUCCGAGCAAUCUUCGGCCGUACAACUCGUCUCCAAGUGCUCGUCCUGCUCACGUUGACUGGAUAUCUGACGGUCUUCUCAUUCGUGGGGAUUGAGUACCGCAGAUGGGUAACUCCCGUCAAGAACAUGCCCGGGGUAAACAAUACUCGCACAAGCCUGGGUCCUUGGUCGGACCGGAUUGGAGUUCUGGCGUAUGCCCUGACGCCCAUGUCGGUGAUGCUGUCGAGUCGAGAGUCGCUACUCUCAAUUAUCACGGGCGUGCCUUAUCAGAGCUUCAACUUCCUGCACCGCUGGCUCGGCUACAUUAUCUUCGUCCAGUCGGCACUGCACACGAUAGGAUGGUGUGUAAUCCAGAUGAGGUUGUACCAGCCUCAGCCCUCGGUGGGCCUCGAAUGGAUCCAAGAAGAAUACAUGAUAUGGGGCGUGCUCGCCAUGUUCUUCCUGACCGUGCUCUUCGUGUUGAGCACACCAUGGGCCAUCCGCCGGACGGGAUACGAGUUCUUCAGGAAGUGCCACUACGUGAUGGCAAUACUGUACAUCGGCGCCUGCUGGGGCCACUGGUCCAAGCUGAAUUGCUACCUCAUUCCGUCCCUGGUAAUAUGGUUCAUCGACCGUGGAGCACGUCUAGUCAGGACGGCACUGCUACAUUACCACUACCUCCCUGACGGCGGCAUGGGCUUCCGAGGAGCAAGCGCAACGAUUACACGAUUUCCAGACUCCGUCAAUGGGGAUGUAGUCCGCCUGGACUUUGUGCAUCCGAGCAGGCCCUGGGAAAUCGGCCAACAUUUCUAUCUCUGCUUUCCCGAGAUCACUAUCUGGCAAUCACAUCCGUUUACUCCAUGCAGCCUGCCAGGAAUCAAUCCCCAAGGUUCAAUCCAUUCGUACAUCUUGCGCGCGAAGAAGGGGGCCACAAGAGCCGUAGCCGACCUGGCAGCAGCAAAGACCAUCGCUUCUUCCCACGACAGCAAGGUAGCCGCCACUCCGGCCGCAUCGACCUCAGUACUUCUCACCGGGCCGUACGGCCAGGAAAUCAUGGACCACUUGACGCCGAACACGAACGUCCUCUGCAUUGCUGGCGGAACUGGCAUAACCUUCGUUCUGCCCGUGCUUCUCGGACUAACUGCCAGGCGCCCUGUCCCCGACCGCAAAUUGGACCUCGUCUGGGCUGUUCGGAGGGAUGCAGAUGUCGCCUGGGUGAGGCAAGAGAUUGAUCAACUGCGCCGGUCAGCAGUGUUGCAUGAUAUCAAGGUUCGCAUCUUUGUUACGAGGGAACGCGACUUGGAUCCUGGGUCCCAUGGCCUCAAGCAGGUCGAAGCCUUGAGUGUAGGACCUCAAGACGACAGAAUCCAAGUGUCCUCGGCUUCGGUCACGUCGUCGUCCUCCCACCAGCUAGAGAAGGACAAAGAAGCCACGUGUGUCGAUACCUUAUCGAUCCAUCACCCGACGGACCCCGACUCUGAACCCCAAGAUGGCCGACCAGAUCUCACCAGUAUCAUGCAGGGCUUUCUUGAUACGACGGUCUGUGGCCCUACCGUCGUGUAUGCUAGUGGGCCGGGUGAAAUGGUUUCGGAUCUACGAAGGAUUGUCGCGGGCUGCAAUUCUGCUGGCCAGGUGUGGAAGAGGAAGGAGAGAUAUGACGUUAGACUUGUGUGUGACGACCGUCUGGAAUGGUAG